UUGUUAGAUUUGCGUGUCGCGCAGGUUCGCGCAGUCUUCACUUUGCCACAAACAUUAUUAAAACAGUAUUUUGACCCUCAGAACCCUCUACCUCAGCAUCUCGCCUAUGUCGAAUGGUUUUCGACCUUCAGCGCUUUACCAGAUCCACAGUCUGGGUUGUAUAAGGUCAGGCGGGUGGUUCGCGAUGGCGAACACCAAGUGUCAAUUGUGCCCAUAUCAUUAAUUUGUUGA